AUGUUUCCUCUAUGUUCAGAGCCAAGUUUUGUGAAAACUUUCAUUAACGAGAUUGAGCGACGGCUCUUUACUAUCUUUCAUCGGGAGCUCUUUUGCUGGACUGAUGAGUGGUACGGUAUGACGAUGGAGGAUAUUCGCGAGUUGGAAAAUGCCACAAAAGAUGAACUUGAUGAGCAACGUCGUUCUUCUCAAUUGCGAGGUUUGGCGCUCAAAGACUCAUAG